AUGACCAACGCGUCCUCCGCGGCGCCGUCCUCGGCCGGGGGCUCGCUGCUGCUGCUCUGCGAGGACGAGGAGGCGUGGGCGGGCCGGCGCAUCCCCGUGUCCCUGCUGUACUCGGGCCUGGCCCUCGGCGGCACGCUGGCCAACGGCAUGGUCAUCUACCUCGUGGCGUCCUUCCGCAAGCUGCAGACCACCAGCAACGCCUUCAUCGUCAACGGCUGCGCCGCCGACCUCAGCGUGUGCGCGCUCUGGAUGCCGCAGGAGGCGGUGCUGGGGCUGCUGCCCGCCGGCGCCGCGGGGCCGCCCGGGGGCUGGGACGGCGCGGGCGGCCGCUACCGGCUGCUGCGGGGCGCGCUGCUGGGCCUGGGCCUCACCGCGUCCCUGCUGUCCCACUGCCUCGUGGCCCUGAACCGCUACCUGCUCAUCACGCGGGCGCCCGCCACCUACCAGGCGCUGUACCGGCGGCGCCACACGGCGGGCAUGCUGGCGCUGUCCUGGGCGCUGGCGCUGGCGCUGGCGCUGCUGCUGCCGCCCUGGGCGCCGCGCCCCGGCCCCGGCCCCGGCCCCGGCCCCGCGGGCCCGCGCGUGCACUACCCCGCGCUGCUGGCGGCCGCGGCGCUGCUGGCGCAGACGGCGCUGCUGCUGCACUGCUACCUGGGCAUCGUGCGCCGCGUGCGCGUCAGCGUCAAGCGGGUCAGCGUCCUCAACUUCCACCUGCUGCACCAGCUGCCCGGCUGCGCCGCCGCCGCCGCCGCCUUCCCCGCCGCCCCGCGCGCGCCCGGCCCCGGCGCCCCCGCGCGGCCCGCGCCCGCGCCGCCCCUGCCGCCCGCGCUGCAGCCCCGGCGCGCCCAGCGGCGGCUCAGCGGGCUGUCGGUGCUGCUGCUGUGCUGCGUCUUCCUGCUGGCCACGCAGCCGCUCGUGUGGGUCAGCCUGGCCCGCGGCCUCGCGCUGCCCGUGCCCUGGGGCGUGCAGGCGGCCAGCUGGCUCCUGUGCUGCGCGCUGUCCGCGCUCAACCCGCUGCUCUACACGUGGAGGAACGAGGAGUUCCGCCGCUCCGUGCGCUCCGUCCUGCCCGGCGUCGGGGACGCGGCCGCCGCCGCCGCCGCCGCCACCGCCAUGCCCGCCGUGUCCCAGGCGCAGCUGGGCCCCGGCGCCGCCGCCCAGCCCUGGUGA